CUGCGCAUUCGAGAUAUUGGUGCGGCUCAUUCGACCCCGCGACCGUGAGUAACAACACCGGCCUCAAGGCACUUUCCAGGGUGCUGGGUCGAAGUCCGUUCGGGUACAGCGGAAGUAGCCGUCACUUGUAAACCCUGUCCGGUAUCUGUCAUCGGUUUUAUAUCAUAUCACUUCGCACUGGUCCUGAGUUAAGCUUCAAAUCUGAGACAACGGAACCGCCUGUGUAACGCGAGGCGACAUGGCUGCGAGCGCGGAUCCAGAGAUAGUUGUCAUCGGAUGCGGGAUAUCAGGCAUAGCAGCGGCUCACAGGCUCGUCAGAGCUGGAUUCCAGCGUGUGCGGAUACUAGAAGCGACUGCUAGAAGCGGAGGGAGGAUCAAAUCUGGAAGACUGGGUAAUAACAUCACGGAGAUAGGAGCAAGUUAUAUCCACGGUCCAUCUGAGGAGAACCCAGUCUUUUGUCUGGCUCGUGACUAUGGGCUCCUGGACGCAGAGGCCCUCAAACCAGAGAACCAGGCCAUGUACAUCGAUGAACGUCCUCACUGGAGUCCCAACUGGUUCAGCAGUUCAGGUCAGAGGCUGAGUGCUGAACUCAUGAGACCUGCUAUGGACAUGUUUAACGAGCUCAUGGAUGAAACUGAACAGUUUCACAAUAGAAGAGAAACACCCUGGCCCAGCGUGGGACAUUUCAUACGAUCCGAAGCUCAACAGCGAGCAGCGGAGAAGUGGAAGGACAAGGAUGAAAAUACCCGAGAGCUGCUGCUGUGUGGCCUCAGUGCCAAGCUGAAGGACGAGGUCUGUGCCAGUGCAACACACACCAUGGAUGAGGUCGACCUGGCGGGAUUUUCCAUGUUCGAAGGUCUAAGGGGACUGGACUGCAACCUCCCAGGUGCCUUUGAAGAUCUAACCAAAAACUUGAUGUCGGAGCUCCCCGCUGACUUGGUGAGCUACAAUCGGCCUGUUCGCUGUAUCCACUGGAACGACACAGAGAACGGAGUGGGCACAGUGACGGUCGAGUGUGAUGACGGGGAGGGAAUCGCUGCCAAUCAUGUUAUAUUCACAGUACCUCUAGGAUACCUUAAGAAGCACCAUUCAACCCUGUUCCGUCCUCCUCUCCCUGCACACAAGCUCCACUCCGUCCAGAAACUGGGAUUCGGGACGUGCAACAAAAUAUAUGUAGAGUUUGAGUCUCCGUGGUGGGAUGCUGACUGUGACAUCAUCCACCUGGUGUGGGAAGAUGAGGGGGACGUAUUGGUCCACAUAAAGGAUAUAAGCAAAUCCUGGAUAAAAAAGAUGUCGACAUUCACCGUGCUCAAAUACUGUGAAAGGGGAAGCCAUGUCCUCUGCGGCUGGAUCUCCGGGCAGGAGUCAGAGUAUAUGGAGUCGCUUCCUGAAGAGGAGCUCAGAAGUUCCAUCACGGAGCUCAUCCGCACAUUCACAGGAAACUCUGCAAUCACACCAAGGGGAAUCCUGCGCACUCAGUGGUUUCAUGACCCCUGGACAUGUGGGUCCUUCUGCUACCCAGCUGUAGGCGUCACAGCGCAGGACCUGGAGAACAUGAUGGAGCCCCUGCCUGUGAAGGGAUCACAGUCUCAGCCCCUGCAGGUGUUGUUUGCCGGAGAGGCUACUCAUCCAUGCUACUACUCCACCAUCCACGGAGCUCUCCUCACUGGGUGGAGGGAAGCCGAUCGACUCAUCUCUCACUACACCACCGUCAGUCCACGACCUUUAUUUCGAAAAUUCGAACCGGAAACGCCCCCUUUUAUGGUCAUCUCCACAGGAAGUCAACCAGAGACAGUUAGCCAACCAUCAGCGGAGUUAACUGUCUGUAACGUUAGUAGCUGGGAUCCAGAGAUGUCUCUCGGUGUGAACUCUAAAGUAGUAGUAGUGGGAUGCGGGAUAUCAGGCAUAGCAGCGGCUCACAGGCUCGUCAAAGCCGGUUUCCAUCAUGUGCGGAUACUGGAAGCGACUGCGAGAAGCGGAGGGAGGAUCAGAACAGGAAGACUUGGUGAUAAUAUCAUUGAGAUAGGGGCAAACUGGAUCCAUGGACCGUCCGAGGAGAACCCCGUGUUUUGUCUUGCCCGUCAGUAUGGGCUCCUUGAUCCAGAGGCCCUCACCCCAGAGAACCAGACCAUGGACAUUGGAGGACAUCCUCCCUGGGUUCCCAACAUCUUCACCAGUUCAGGUCGGAAGCUGAGUGCUGAGGACUUCGAUCCUGCCAAGGAGAUGUUUAUUGAGCUGCUGAUUGAAAGUGCAGACUUUCAGAGUAAAGGAGGAGAACCCUGUGCCAGUGUGGGAGAUUUCAUCCGAUCACAGGUACAACAGCGAGCAGCAGAGAAGUGGAAAGAUGUUGACGCAGCCACAAGAUCUCUGAGACUGUGUUUGAUCAGCACCAUGUUGAAGGUGGAGUGCUGCGUUAAUGGGACCCACAGCAUGGAUGAGGUUGGCCUGGGGGGCUUUGGCCUAUACGAGACUCUACCUGGACUGGACUGCACAUUCCCAAGUGGCUAUGAAGGUCUAAUCAAAAACUUGAUGUCGGAGCUCCCCGCUGACUCGGUGACCUACAACCGGCCUGUGCGCUGUGUCCACUGGAACAACACAGAGAACGGAGUGAACACUGUGACCGUCGAGUGCGAUGACGGGGAGAGGGUCGCUGCUGAUCAUGUUAUUGUCACACUACCUCUCGGGUACCUGAAGAAGCACCACCAGGCCCUGUUCCAUCCUCCUCUCCCUCUGCACAAGCUGCACUCCGUCCAGAGACUCGGCUUUGGAACGAACAACAAGAUAUUUGUGGAAUUUGAUUUGCCGUGGUGGGAUGCUAACUGUGAGGUCAUCUAUUUCUCAUGGGAAGAUGAGGAUGCCAUGGUGGACCAAGUGCCAGACGUACAUAGAUCCUGGAUAAAGAAGUUGUUUGGCUUCACUGUGCUCAAACCCACUGAAAGGUACGGCCAUGUUCUGUGUGGUUGGAUCGCCGGGCAUGAGUCAGAGUAUAUGGAGACGCUGCCUGAACAGGAGGUUAUGCAAAACAUCACACAGCUCAUCCGCCGCUUUACAGGGAACCCGACCAUCACCCCGAGAAGAGUCCUGCGCUCUCAGUGGUUUCACGACCCCUGGACGUGUGGAUCCUACAGUUUCCCCGGAAGAGGCUGCUCAGUGCAGGACCUGGAGAACAUGAUGGAGCCGCUGCCUACGAAGGGAUCACAGGCAAAACCCCUGCAGGUGUUGUUUGCUGGAGAGGCUACUCAUCCCUACUUCUACUCCACCGUCCACGGAGCUCUCCUCACUGGGUGGAGAGAAGCUGAUCGACUCAUCUCUCACUACACCACCGUCAGUCAGUCAGAGCCACCCAAGUCAAAGCUGUAAAGGAACACAAAAAGGGAUUCUUCACCGAGUUUUUAGCUAAAAUUUACACCUUCUUUAAAUUACGAUGUUUGGGUUGAUUGCCUGGAAGCUUGCUGCUAAUUUAAAUCAGUCAUUUACAGUUUUGAAAAUUGUUCCCCUGCCAGUGAAGAGUAAAGCUCCUGUUUUUAGUGCAUUAAAGUACAAAUUAACAAUUAGUAAUUUCAACUUGGACAGGCAAUCUAUACAAAUGAUCAAUACAGUUAUGAUAUUUUCAUUAAACACAUUCAAGAUACAGCCUAAAACAUUAAAUUAUGAAAUGCUCUUGAAAUGAAAUUUUAACAUGUAGUAAUCCUGUUUACAAAUCAGCUUAAUAACAAUACAGUGAUAUCAGUUAGCAUCUUUUUUUUUUAUUAUUUUAGGACUGAAGUCCAUACAGCUUUCAACUUUCCCCUUUUGAGAAUAUAUAUUUUGAUUAUGGAUAAGUGUCAAAUAUUGUAAAUAAACAUAACAUUUAUUAUUAAAUUGUUCUUGUCCUGUUAUUACUCAUUAUUUUGUUGUUUAUAUCAUACAGAUACCAAUCAAUUCUAUUGAGUUUUUGUUUGUAAGAUUUCUGAAUCUUCUGAUGACAAAUCAUACAAAUUGCCUAGAUAAUGUUGCUUAAAGUAUUAAGUUAUAUUUUAUUUAGCUAACUUUUAUGAAGAAACUAACUCAUGCUUUUGGCAUUAUUUU